CACUGGUGGUGUUCUCGGACGAGGAGCAACACGGAGAUUGUUUAGAUCUAAACGAGCACUUUAAGGAAUUUUUAAAUUUAGAUAUGUUCGAGAAGACAGAUUACUUGGACUAUCUGACAAAGUUCGACCAAUUCUCACACGCACCCCGACAGAAAAAAUUCAACCAGAAGUAUACGAGCUAUCUUACACAUCUGGAGACGUAUCUGUCCGAUUUCUACACGCGCGCACUACCGUUAAAGAACCUUGCAGAGGAACGCGAACGAAUUCAAAGCGAAUUCGAUGCCAAGUGGAAGGACGGCACGUGCGAAGGCUGGGAAUACACUGGCGAGAGUGCCGGUUCCGAUCUCGUGGAGAGGAAACAAGCACGCACAGCUGAGGAGUUGGAAGAAGAUCAAGACGACUUCGAUGCUGACAGCGACGGCGACAAUGACGAUGACGAGGAUAAGGCUAUUUACAAUCCCAAGAACCUACCUUUGGGCUGGGAUGGCAAACCUAUUCCGUACUGGUUGUAUAAGUUGCACGGUCUCAACAUCAACUACAAAUGCGAAAUCUGCGGAGGAGCGUCAUACAGGGGGCCUAAGGCCUUCCAUCGGCACUUCCAAGAGGCUAAGCACGCUCACGGCAUGCGCAUGCUGGGCAUUCCCAACACCAGCCAUUUCAUCAAUGUCACCACCAAAGCCGACGCCGAAGCCU